AUGAGACGUUCCGAUUGCAUCCACCGCUGCCACUUGUUCCCCGUUAUUGGCUCGGUUGUAUACCAUAGCAAAGGGCAACAGGGUUUUCUUAAAUACAUGGUUCAUUCAAGGGAUCCCCAUAUCUGGGACAAUCCUUUAGAAUUCACACCUGAGAGGUUCUCGAAUGGCAUUCCUGGCACGUUUGAUUAUUAUGGAAAUGAUUUUCGGUUCAUGCCAUUUGGGUCUGUGAUUGACAUGUCCAGCAAAUUUGGAAUUGUUAUGAAGAAAAUGAAGCCUUUACUUGUUAUUCCCACACCAAGGUUAACUAAUUCUGAGCUCUACAUAAAGUAA